CUAUGCAGUUGUUAAAGUUUUUUUUUUUUUUUUUUAGGGAACCAGAGGUCUCAGCAUCUGCUGUUGUGCCUUCUUCAGAACCCUCUGUCCCGACAACUUCAUCUUUUCCAAAGGGAUUCCAUGUCCCAGUGAUUGGGAAGCCGAAUAUGCCUCAGCACCACAUGCACAGACCAGGACAGCCAAGGACUAGUGGACCAAGGCCAACUGGAAGCCGUCCUGCGUGGGAUCCGUCCACAAAUCGAGGGAGAGGUCCUAGUGAGCGACCACCAAGAACACAGCCUCCACCAGUGCAAAAUCUUCCGCCUGUUAUCCCUCCAGUGUAUGGCCCUCCUGCUCUAUUUCCUCCUCCACCACACCCUAUGCCUCAGCCUCCUGGUGUUGUUCCUCAGCAGUAUCCCAUACAAUAUCCUCCUGGACAGCAGCCUCCCCCUCCCUUCAACAUUCCACCACCUGUAUUUCCACCUGUCCCACCUGUGACAGCCCCGUGGGUGCCUCCUGGUGCCCAGCCACCUAUAGCCAACCCUAUCUCUUCUAUGCCAGCAGCACCUUUUCUAUCCAAGGAGGAGUUUUACCGCCAGCAGCGUAGACUUAAAGAAGAGGAGAAGUCGUCCAAACUUGAAGAGUUUACCAAUGACUUUGCCAAAGAGCUUUUGGAGUAUAGAAAGAUCCAGAAGGAGAGAAGGCGAUCCUACUCUAGAUCAAAAUCUCCAUAUAGGGGUUCUUCCUACAGUGGCUCAUCAUAUUCUUAUUCAAAAUCUCGCUCUCGGUCCAGAUCACCACGUUCCUACUCUCGAUCACCAUCCCGGUCUCGGUCAAGAUCACGCUCUCGCUCCCGAUCACGCUCCUUCUCUCGCUCGCCAUACUCCCGCAGGGGCCGAGGUCGAAGCCGUAGCUAUCGAUCUAGGUCACGCACUCCUACAUACCAUCGCUCCCACAGUAGAUCUCCAUCAUAUAGGGGUCGGGAGAUGAGUGGAAUGGGUAGUGGAAUCUAUCGUUCUCGCUCCAGAUCUCCAAUGUAUAGAAAUCACAGCCCCAGCAAGAAACUCCCUCCCCCUUCUCAAAAUGAGGGUGAGCGCAAAUACACAGGGAGGUACAGAGAGCUCCCUCCUUAUGAUGCUAAGGCUUAUUAUGGUCGAAACGUAGACCAGAGUGACCCCUAUGAGAGAGAGCGAUACAGAGAGUGGGAAAGGGAAUACAGGGAGUGGUAUGACAAAUACCUUAAGAGUUAUAACACCCCACCAAGUGGUCAAAUGAGGGGCCGUGUUCCAGGCACCAGAGAUCCCUAUACUCCUGAGCGUUUUGCUCCUCCCCGACCAAGAGAAAACUCCCCCUAUGGCAGGGGACGUCGGGAGGAUUACCCGCCUCCACCUCAGAGCCACAGUGUUCCUCCAAGAGGCAGAGUUGCAAUGACAUACCAAGAAAAGUGUGCUGAGAAGUAUGGCCACCUUAAUGUCAACACCACUGGAGCAGGGAGAGGACUUAACAAAGAGUCUUCGAAAUCUACCAAGGACAGAGAACCAAGUGGCAGCACCGCUACAGACCCCAAGUCUCUGAAACAUAAGAAACAUCGCAAAAAGAAGAGAGAUGAUGAUCUAUUCAGCCACUCUGACUCUAUGGAUGAUUCCAGGAAAGAUGAUCGUAAAGGGGACUCCUUGCUGAUUAAUUCAAGCCGUGAUGAUGCCACACCUGUCAGGGAUGAGCCCAUGGAUAGUGCUGCAGUGCCCUACAAGAGUACCCCUGAAAAGGAGAAGAAAGAGAGGACUAAAAGCAAAUCUGACAAAGGUAAACGAAGGUCUGAAAGCAGUGGGCAGAAGGAACCAUCAGGCAAGAUGUCAAAACCUGUUAGAGAGAAGGAAUCAGAUGCACCGCGAGAGAAGGGGGCUCCCACUGAACCAGCCAUUAAGAGAGUCAAAGACGAACCAUCCCACAAAUCUGAAAUAAGUAAACCUCAGUCUUCAGAGUCCAAGCUCAUGCUCCCACGCAAGUUGAUGCAGUCUAGGCCCAUUAAACACCACCAAGAGCUGAAGCCCAUCAAAGAUGAGCUCAAAAGCAGGAAGGAAUUGGUGAAAGACCUUCCAAAGCCAGACAAAGUAUCUGACAAAGAUGGGAAAGUCCCCAAAAAAGAGCCAGAGAAGCCUGUGAAAACUGAGGAGAAGAUGCACACCAAGACAUCAAGAGAAGAUACCAAACAGGAAAAAAAGAAACGGAAAGAUGACAAGCCAUCUGCGAAAGACCUGGAUCUCCCUCCUGUAAAAAUAGCAAAAAUGGAAGUUGAUAUGGCCAAAAGCUCUCCAAAACCUAAACCCAGACUGGUGAGUGAAAGGCCAGUAGAGAAGGAGAAAGUAGCUAUUCCGUCUCUGAUGGAUAUUAAGCCUGAGCCUGUAAGAAAGAUUAAAAUCAACAGGGAAAUUGGCAAGAGAAUAUCUAGCAUUGAUCGGCCAGUUUCAGCUGAGGACUCUGCUCAUGCCACAGGAAAGGGCAGGCUAGACAAGUCUAGAGGAAAAUUGAGAAGGAAGGUGCAUGUUCCUGAUGGGUCAGGAUCCUUAUUGGUUGAUUACACCAGCACCAGCUCCACAGGAGGAAGCCCCAUCAAAAAGCAUGAGGAGAAGCUUGACCUAAAGAAGACUGUGAUAAAGACCCUGGAGGAAUACACCAAUGACAGCUCCACCCCUGCUGAGGACGAAAUCGUCAUGAUACAGGUGCCCCGUUCCAAGUGGGAAAAAGAGGACUAUGAAUCUGAGGACGAUGAUUCUAAGGUUGCAACUAGAAAAGAUGGAAUCAACACAUCCAGUUCUGCUCCUUCGGGGGAGGAGACUGCUGCAAAAUCAACUGACAAGGAGUCUCCCCAUGCUGAUAAAGCUCCUACGGCCUCCAAAGAGGCAGAUGUCAAACCUGCCAAGGACCCCACAUCAUGUGAUAAGGAGAAAGAUUCUGACAAAGAGCGAGAAAGGGACAGAGGGAAAGAAAGAGACCGCUCCAGCACUGCAGAUCGUGAGAUAACUGAUAAAAGGAAACCUAGUGUACCUAAUCAGGAGAGAGAGCAUGUGCAGGAGAAAGGCAGUGACCAUGGCAGUGAACGGAGCUGCUCUUCCCAGUCAUCCAGAGACAGGCAAUCUGACAGGCCUGAACCAACCUCUAGAAAGCCAGUAGGUAGAGAGACAACAACAGGCCUUGCCGGUAGGAAACCAGAGCAUAGAGAUGAUGCAAGAGACCUCUUAGGCACAAGAUCAAAAGAUGAGAGAAGUCCAAUCAGGAGGAGAGUAUCGCCCUCAAGGGUAAAGGACUUGCACACAGACUCUGGGAGAAAAACACUUGAGGCCCCACCGGAGUCGAAUAGGAGUCCAAGUCCUAGCAGGAAUAAGAGAGCAUCAUCGCAGAAUGCCCCAGAGCCAAAACGAACUGGCCCAGAGGAUCACAAAGGACACUGGCCAUGCAGUAAGGAGAGCCAGGGUUCUAGGCAUUCUGAUGUGCGUCCUAUAAAGGACCGGGAGCACAGGACUCCUCAUAGAGCUUUGACUCCAGAGCCUAGGUCUGAUGCAGAGAAAGGUGGCGUACAUGGCGACCACGUCAAAAUCCCAUCGGCGCGCUCCACAAGACUGUCAUCAGAUUUAGCACGGGAAACUGACGAGGCUGCGUUUGUCCCUGACUACAGCGAAAGUGACAGCGAGACUUCGGACCCUGAGAGCAAAAUGGAGCAGAGAGGACGAGAGCGGGACAGCAGUGGCAGCCAGAGUCCAAGCCCCUCUGGAAGCCAUGGACACAGCAGCAGCCCCAGCUCUCCGGGCAGUCAGGACAGCAAAAAAAAGAAAAAGGACAAAAAGGAGAAGAAGGAAAAGAAGAAACACAAGAAGCACAAAAAACACAAAAAGCAUAAGAAACAUACAAGUAAUGAGUCUGAAUCAGAGCUCAAAGGACAGAAACACAAACAUAAGAAAAAAAAGUCCAAAAAGAGCAAGGACAAGGACAAAGAUGACAAGGAAAAGGAUGAAAAUGAAAGAGAUGAACAUAAGGCAAAAGUAUCUGUUUAAUUCAUGUAUAGGUUUAACCAUUGAUUUAAUUUACUCAACUUUAAGAAGCAUUAAAAAAAUGUAUUCUACAGAAAAGUUUAAGUACUGGUUCAGCUUUCAUUUUAUUUGCUAUUUCUCACUGGUUAACAACAUGCUUUUUUUUUGUGCGUCUGACCAUGCUAACCUCUCCCACCAAUGCAAGAGAAUAGCUACUUGAAUGAUAAAGGUUAUUUGGGUUUUGAAUUUUCAUGAAUAUUUUUGUUAAUUUAAAAUUGUUGCAGAUUCUCAUUACAUCAUGGUUUUGAAUUAAGGCCAUUGUAGAGGAAGCACUUUAGAAAUGUGAAUGUGAUUGCAGUUUUGCAAAUUUUGCAGAGUUGCAAAAGCCCUUUUGUACCUCAUCUCUUGUAUGUUUAAGUUGGAUAGAAGCAUAUCAUUAUAACAGUAUGAUAAUAUUGUUACAGAGGUACAGGAGUGUCAUCCAGGCAUUGGGCCACACUGAUUUACAAAUUGUAUGUUUUUGCACUGUGAAUAUUUCCUCUACUCUUCCAUUUUAUUUGACUUCAACCUUCACAUGAGUAAUUUAAAUUAUCUGCUGAAAUGGAAUUGUAAAUGUUUUGAGGGUAAUAAAUUUUUUUCAGCAAAUAUAUAUG